AUGAUGCGCUACGUGCUGUGUAUCCUCGCUCUCCUGCUCUCAUGUGCGUGUGUGCACGUCCUCGCUGAAGAAGUGCCUGCCGCCGAUCUUUCCGACCAAGUCCCUGAUACGGAGAGUGACGCUGAAGAAACACUGUGUGAUGCAGCAACGGGUGGAGGAGGGAAGUCGCCUUGCAAAGGACCAGCCAAGUCGGGAGUGAUGCAACAAAAAAGUGGUCCAGAUGCGGGGAAAGAAAACAACAUCAGUAAAGAUCUGCAAACCCACUCAAUGCAACCUGGUAGAGCUGGUAGCUCCUCCACACAAGUUAGGGAGGAUCAAGUUCAAGAUGUGGACCAAAAACAACGGGACGGUGAGGAGAGUCCGCAAGACAGAGGAAUUAAAGAGGGCAAGGAACAGAGAGAUGACAAUCAUGUCCAAGAACAAACUGCGAGUCCUCCACAAACAGUUACCCGUGGUACUCCACAAACUCCCAGUGAUACGGACCGCGUAAAAUCGCCUGAAGAGACACAGAUUACUCACGAAGAAAAUGAUAAACAUGGUGCGAACGAUGCUCAGAGCAGUACAUCACCUCCAGAAGCUCCAGUCACAGAACCAUCUUCUUCUUCUUCCUCUGAAAAUGAUGGAACUCAAGGUGGUAAUUCUGCAGAAACAACACCAAGUAACCCAGCGAACACGAACUCUGCCAUUCUCAAUACACCCAGUAAUGAGGAAUCAACUACCACCACCACAACAACAACAACACUUCCACCUGAACCUAUAAACAACAAGAAGGGUGAUGCAGACAGCAGCAGCAGUAUCAGCAGUUCUGUGUGGGUGCGUGUACCACUACUGAUUGUGGUUACACUGGCCUGUAUUCUUGUGUGCUGA